GGCGUGUUUAGUUAUCUCUAACCAUUUGUUAAAUGUACUGGUUUCAGCUGUAAAACAUGUCUGUUGUCACAAAAUAUUUUAACUGUAAUAUUUUAAAAAAUGGACAGUUUUUACCACUAGAUUUAUGGGUUGAAGAUGGAAAAAUUAUUGAUCCUGAAAUAAUAUUUUAUGAUCAAAGAAGAUUACCUGAUAUUGAAAUUGAUUGCUUAGAUUCUUUUAUUGUACCUGGGUUCAUUGACUUACAAAUAAAUGGAGCUUUUGGAAUUGAUUUCACUCACAAUUGUGGAGAAGGGCUUGAUAUUGUUCGAAAAGCAUUAUUACAAUAUGGUAUUACUGGAUUUUGUCCCACUAUAGUUACGACUACAGCUACUAAUUAUCAUAAAACUUUACCUAAAUUAAAAAGAUGCCAAGGAAGUUCAUUAGGAGCAGCAAUUUUAGGUGCUCAUGUCGAAGGGCCUUUUAUAAGUACUCAGAAACCUGGGGCUCAUAAUAUAUCUAAUAUAAAAACGUUAAAUCAAACCAAUUUAUUUGAUACAUUUGGCGACUUAGAAAAUAUAAGCAUAGUUACAUUAGCUCCAGAAUUAGAUGGUUCUAUGGAAGUAAUAAAAAAACUUUCUCAGAAAGGUAUAGUGGUAUCAAUGGGACAUACAUCAGCUGAUUUUACUACAGGUAGAGAAGCAAUUAAAAAUGGAGCAAAAUUCGUAACUCAUUUGUUCAAUGCAAUGCUUCCUUUUCAUCAUAGAGACCCAGGGUUAAUAGGACUAAUGGCAUGUUCUCCAAAUGAAAAAAAUACAAUUUAUUUUGGUAUUAUAGCGGAUGAUAUUCACACACAUUAUACUGCAUUAAAAAUUGCUCACAAGAUAAAUCCAAAAGGUCUUGUAUUAGUAACAGAUGCACUAUCAGUGUCAGGAUUGUCAAAUGGAAUUCAUCAUUUAGGAGAUAAACAAAUUGAAGUUAAAGAUUCAAAAGCUUAUAUUUUCAAUACAAAAACAUUAUGUGGAAGCAUGACAUCUUUAAAUGAAUGUUUACGGAACUUUAUAAAAGCAACAGAUUGUAGUUUACCUGAAGCAAUUGAAACAGUAACUCUUCACCCAGCACAGGUAUUAGGCAUUGAACAUAUCAAAGGAACACUUAACUUUGGAGCUGAUGCAGAUUUUGUUUUCAUAGAAAGUAAUUUAAAUAUUUUAUCUACGUGGAUAGGUGGAAAAUGUGUGUUUCAAAAUAAAGAAAGGUCAGGUUAUAAAAUUAAAAAAAUUAUAACAUGAUUUAAUAUACAUAAACAAACAAAUUUAGUUUGUAUACUAUUAUUAUAUUAUUAGUAUAUCACAUAAUAAUUUAAUUAUACGUUUAUUAUUUAUACAAAUUAUAGUUUUUUUAAUGUACAUUUAAUCAAAAUAAAUUUCAAGUACAUUGUUUUGGU